AUGGGAAGCAAUCCAAACAGAUUCUUAGAAUCCAUCGGCUUUUGCUCCUGUAAGAUGUAGUAGAGGGUAUUGGAAAAGACUCCCAAUGAAAUAAAAUAUCUUCGGCGGACAGAAAACGAGAAAGAAAACAACAUUAGAUAGGCAUGAGGUUCUGGCGGGAUUUGAACUCAGAUGGUUAGAUUCAGAAUCCAAAGGCUAGGGACCAUCCGUUGUUCUGGACACUCGUACAGCCGAGAAUCUAAGGCGCGGUUUUAAGGCACCAGUCAUUUCGAGGGCGUGGGUUCGAAACCUACAAACCAGUUAUCUUCUAAUUCACAGCUGCCAGUUGUUUCUAUACUAUAUAACUAGAAAAUACAUGCAUGCAGAAACCCUCGCCUUGCUGACAAGACCAUUGCAUUUUCCGAACAUGAAGUAUCUAAAGUAGUUGUCAUGGUAACACGAUAAUUUUUUAAGAAUAUUCUUACAAAUGAGAAAUUGCCUAAAAAUAUCACUUUUAAUUACAAAAUUAUCAAUUUCCCAACAUAUAUAUAUGUUCGGUAUGUUAUUGUACGUAAUAUAAAUUUCAAUUUAAGGUAAAAUUCAACCACAAACGCUUCGCAAAAUGUUUUAAAGUGUUCUUUAUGAAACUAAACUACCUUUUAAUAUUACUUUAAUUAAAUGGCUUUAUCGAUAUUACAAGUUUGAGUUUGCAAUAAAAUGAUUUCAAAUUCUCGCAUGCAAAUAACUUUGCUUUCUUUCUUGUUUAAAAAAUUCAAUAUAAUAAAAAAGGGAAUCAAUAUUAAAGAUACACUGAAAUUAUAUGCUGUUUUGUUUAGUUGUUUCAUAUACGCAAAGGCUGUUGGGUUUUAAAGCAAUUAAUUGGGUUUUAAAUCAAUAUUUGAAACAAACUUACCUUCGUUAACGUCAACUCCCUUCUUUUAGCUGAUUCUUUCGCCCUUUCUUUCUGAGAAAGCUUUUGAAAUUUACAAAAUCUUGCAAAAUCUUGAAAUUUAUCAAUCAUCAAAUGUAUCAAAACAAGAAAUGUUUUCUAUUUCGCUGUCGUCAUGCAGUCGUUAUAAUGCAAACUUUAUAUUGGACCAGGGCGCUGUGAUUGGGCCAAUCAGUGUUUGCUAUUCAUGACAGUCCGCCAUAUUUUCGAGAUCAGUGAGGAUGGCCACCCACCGAAACUUCGUUGGUUAACCACGCCCGCGAUCGUUGAUGAACUUUAGACUUCGCUAAUGCUUUCGUUUCCCCGGGUGUAAAUAGCCGGAGGGAAUUAGUACCCUCGCACAGCGCUUGGCGCCGUCGACUCGGGGAUUAUGCAUAGUUAAGAGAAUUGUAAUUUAUUUAUACUUUUUCUAUAGCAAAUCAAGAACAGCUGCUAUCAUCUUGUAAGGAACUACUUGAGCAGAACAGGUAUGUGCAUGUAAAUCACAAAAUUACAGUAAAUUACUGCCUGUUAUUGUACCCUAAUGAACAGCUGACUUUCAAAAAUGUGGUGGCAUGUAAUAAACAUGCAUAAGUAAAUAAACGUGAGUCAAGUGACAGAUGCUUUAUCUCAAAUGUUUGGUGUAAAUACCAUAAUCUAAAUUUCUGACUCAAUCUUACAUUAUAUUACGAAUUACGACGUAGUUUUCUGUGCUAACAUUCACAUGACUUCGCACUAUUUAUAGGUCAUUAAGUAAUGGUGUUUACCGACUAAGAAAUACACAUUCACUCGAACAAUAUGAAGUUUACUGUCACAUGAUUGAAAUAGCUGGAUGUGGCCAAGGAGGUUGGACACUAGUGAUCAAAGUGGAUGGGAACAAGGUACGGAAUCUUAUAAAUAAUCUCUUCAAAUUCAUCAACAUGAUAGAGAUAACAGUGUGUAUAUAUUACUUUUCUUGUCAAAUAACAGAAGUUGUAGCUGGCUACAACUUCUAGCUGGCUACAGCUAUAUAGCUGUUGCGGUAGCGAACGACAAAAACAUUAAUAUAGUCAACCCAUGCACCCUUGCAGGAAAUGAGUAAACUUUUUACUUUGCAGAAUGAUUUUAAAUACAACUCUCCUUACUGGACAAACAAUGAAACGUACGCAGUUGAAGAUGGACUUGAAGGUUUGACAGAAACACAAACAAAACUACCUUCUUAUUGGAACACACCUUUCAACAAAUUAUGUCUUGGAAUGAAAGUGAACGGUGUUACCAGAUGGAUUGUGGUUGACUAUCAAGCAAGCUCGCUGUUCAAUGUGAUUGGAGCUGGAAAUUUCAAAGCAACAGCCAUUGGAAGGGAAGCAUGGGCAUCACUUAUCAAUAACUUGUCUUUGCAAAACAACUGCAAUGAACAAGGAUUUAAUAUACAAAAGAAACAUAGCGUAUAUCCAGACCAGGGCAUGGAUGUACGGAUUGGAUUAGUGGCAAAUAAUGAAAACGACUGCCUCAGUUGUAACUCAUGCAUUGGUUUUGGUACUUCGGUACGGGGAUGUAAUAACGAUGUGAGAAGUACAACGUGCGGCAAUAUAAUGGCUGUUUGCCGAGCAGAUAAUCGGGACAUUGCCGCGUUUGGAUACAUACUUGUGCAGUAG